AUGAAAACGUUUAACUCGAUUAUCAGCGUUUUAUUUCUAUGCCUCUUGUGUACUCUGGCGGAGGUAAGCUGUAAGAAAACUAAAGACGUGCCCACUUAUCAGGAAUUCUCCGAUGCCAUUAAUUCAACGAUACAUAAAAUAGAAGAUGUGUUUCACCCAUACGUCAGUCAUAGCGAUCCGUAUGCCAACAAACCGACGUUUUGCAAUGCUCAAUCGUGUGGUGGUUGUUCCGACCAACCGUUUAUAAACAUUAACAAUUGCAUUAGAUGGUGUAGACCACCAUGCAUGUGCAUAAGUCCCGCGAACGGAAGAGGCGAUGACAUAAUGUGUUCAAAGUCCAGACACAGAAGGACCAAAUUGUGA